GGAAAAGGUCUAGCUCCAAAUCUGAGCACUCAAUCGGCUCCACUGAUGUCGGCAGAUUUCCUGUACUUUCUCGAUCGAAUCACGCAAAAGGUGGUGAAAAGUGUAGUGGAUCAGCAACGAACUGCUGUAUGCGGUGAUACCUUUGCGGUUCCAAAUUGUUCCGAAUCUGAUGAAAAGGUUUUGUUUAUAAGGCGUCGAUCCGUUGCUGAACUCUCAAGACUUCGACGUCAGUUCAUCACUUACAUGAAGAUGCAUCCAAUUGAAGAUAUAGACAGAAUUGCUCCAUUGUUUGUACAUUAUUUGAAUGCUAAUCCAUGA